ACUCUGCACACUCACUGCACUACAUGGCACAGCCCGGGGCCCCGCAGCUCUGAGGGGGCCACAAGAUGUCAGAGGCUGAGAGCCGGAUCCUGCAGCUGGCCACCAGAGGGGAGUGGAUCACCCUGGAGCAGACCCUGAAAGGGAUCGACAAAGGGGACCUGGGAGCCUCCGAAGCCGACCCAGAAUCUGGAUUAACACCAUUUAUGAUCGCUGUGAGAGAGAACAGACUGUCCAUAGUGGAACGAUUCCUCGAACUGAGAGUAAAUGUCCAAGAAAAGACUAAGGACGGUCGGACAGCGUUACACGUCGCUGCAGCCAGUUCUAAGGAGGAGAUAGUCCGUCUUCUGCUGGUGAAGAAGGCCGAUCCGAACCUUCCUGGAGGGCCGAAGGAGCAGCUGCCACUCCACUACACGGCCCAGAGACCCAAUGGGGCCAUCAAUGUUAUCCAAACAUUGCUAAGAGUUUCUCAUAAGGAGGCCCGGCUCAUCCAGGACAAGGACGGCUGCAUUCCUCUGUUCUUGGCCAUCGAGUCAGGUAAUGUGGGGAUCAGUAAGGAGCUCCUCUCCACUCACACGGACGCCCAGCUCAGAGCCACCAGCAAAAAAUAUGGUGACUGCGCCCUUCAUACAUCUUGUAGAAAGCGAGACGUGGACACCGCCAAACUUCUUGUAGAAUAUGGAGCUUCUGUGGACUGUCAGAAUGGUGGGGGUCAGACCCCCCUACACAUUGCAGUCUGGGAAGGAGAUGAGAUGAUGGUGAAGUUCCUUCACCAAUGUAAAGCCAACCCCAACCUCACAGACCAGAUGGACAGAUCCCCCCUGCACCUUGCUGCAGAGAGGGGACACACCGGGAUCGUGGAGCUCCUCACAGAGAAGUUUUUGGCCAAUGUUUUAGCACGGACUAAGGAUGGCGACACCCUCAUGCACAUCGCCUCGCAGUGCGGGCAUCCAGAAACCGCUCUUACAUUCUUGAAGAAGGGCGUCCUGCUACAUAUGCCCAAUAAGUCAGGGGCGCUGUGCCUCCAUGCAGCAGCCAGGAGGGGGCACACCGCGGUGGUAAAGGCUCUGUUGCAGAAGGGGGCGCAAGUCGACGCCAGAACCAAGGAGAAUUACACUGCGCUUCACAUCGCCGUAGAGAACUGCAAACCCCAGGUGGUCCAGACCUUACUCGGCUACGGAGCACAAGUGGAACCCAAAGGAGGGAAGGACCAGGAGACACCAUUACACAUUGCUGCACGGAUCAGAGAAGGUGAGAAAGUGGCUGAGAUUCUGCUAAAAAGUGGAGCAGAUGUCAACAUGGAGCGAGCAAACGGUGAGACGGCAGUGCAUGUAGCUGCUCAAUAUGGCAACCUCCGGAUGAUCAGAGCCCUGAUGGAGGAGGGUGGGGAGGUCACCUGGCAGUCCAAGGCUCGAGAACACGCUCUGCACACGGGCGUCCGCCAUUGUCACCUGCCCAUUGUAGAAGCCAUUCUUCACUAUCUGACCAACGAUAGAAGUCAGGCAGAUGCUGUCGCCUGUGUUAACCAACCCAACCAGGAAGGGGAGACCUCCCUACAUUUGGCCGCGGCUGUCGGUAAAGACCCGAUCCACAACGAGGAAGAGGACGUGAAGAUCAUCAGGCUCCUGCUGGAUCAUGACGCCGAUAUCACCUCCACCACAUUUCUGACCGGGGAGACUCCACUGCAUUACUGCGCCAGGAUAGGCAAUGAAGACGUCCUAUUGGAAAUGAUCAAACACAUAGGAUCCAACCGAAUGCAGCAGACUAUGAACAGACAGGCAAAGAACGGAUGGUCGCCAUUGCUUGUGGCUGCAGAGAAAGGUCACACUGGCAUUGUGAGAAUUCUGCUGCAGAAUCAUGCCAGGGUGGAUGUAUUUGAUGAGCAUGGCAAAGCAGCCUUACAUCUGGCAUGUGAGAACGGCCAUGACAAGAUUGCGGAUGUCCUACUCUGGCACAAAGCCUUUGUGAAUGCAAAAACCAAGCUUGGUCUUACACCCCUUCACCUGUGUGUCCAAAAUGGCUUCAACCACCUUGUGAAGUUACUUGUGGAAACCCACCUGGCCAGUAUCGACAUCAUGUCCCUGACCAAGCGGACCCCCCUGCACCUGGCUGCCCUGAAUGGUCAACUGGACGUGUGCAACAGUCUACUGAAUAUGAAGGCCGAUGUGUACGCAGCAGAUAUUCAAGGACAGACCCCUCUCCACCUCGCUGCUGAAAAUGACCACUCGGAGGUAGUCAAACUGUUCCUGAAACAUCGGCCUGAACUGGUGACAUCGGCCAAUAUGGACGGAUCAACCUGCGCUCACAUAGCAGCCGCCAAGGGCAGUGUCGCUGUGAUCAAAGAACUUCUCAAAUCUAACAAGAGCAGCGUGACCACCGCCCGAAACAAGACUAAUGAUUCCACCCCACUGCACCUGGCGGCAUCCGGCGGCCACGCGGAGGUGGUGAAAGUUUUGCUGGAGGCGGGAGCAUCUGCAUCAGAUGAGGAUGGGGAAGGCAUGUCCGCAAUCCACCUGGCAGCUAAGAAUGGUCACAUUAAUGUUCUGGACGUGUUAAAGGGCAGCGUCUCAUUUCAUAUUACAAGCACCAAGACUGGAUUCACCGCCCUACAUGUCGCUGCGCAUUUUGGACAAGUGGAUUUUGUCCGAGAGAUUCUAACAAAGGUCCCGGCCACCGUCCACAGUGAGCCCCCAAAACUUACGGCUGACAUAGUAAUCGUGAAAGAACAUGGUGGCGAGUCUGGUUACACGCCGUUGCAUCUGGCUUCUCAAUCAGGUCAUGAAAGUCUAGUACGCCUUUUACUGAAUUACUCAGGAGUCCAGGCAGAAGUGCCCACCAGGCGUCAGGGUUCCACCCCCAUACACCUCGCAGCUCAGAACGGGCACACGGCCGUGGUCGGUCUCCUACUAAGUAAAUCCACAUCGCAGCUUCAUGUGAAGGACAACAGAGGAAGGACGUGUCUCCACCUGGCAGCUGCCAACGGUCACAAUGAAAUGAUGAGAGCCCUAAUUGGUCAAGGAGCGGAGAUUAACCUGACUGAUAAGAAUGGGUGGUCUCCACUGCACUUCGCGGCCAAGUCUGGGUUUUUGGAAACCGUUUGCUUCCUUGUUGAAUGUGGUGCCAACCCCAUACUGGAGUGCAAUGAUGGGAAGACAGCAAUCCAGUACGCUGCGGGUGACAACCACCAAGAUGUGGUGAGCUUCUUACUGAAGAGAGGCCAGAACACCCUCAAACUAACUGAGGACCGGAAGUUUGUUUUUGACUUAAUGGUUUGUGGGAAGCUGAACAACAACAGAAUUAUAGAGGAAUACAUCCUAAAUUCUAACGCUCCAUUGGACACCGCCGUGAAACUUUCCAGAGCGUUCAACAUCACUGCCCUGAAAGAAAAGGAAAGGGCACUCGACCUACUGAACGCUGCUAAGUACACUGAAAUGAUGGCCAAUGAACUCCUGACAUUGGCAUCUGGCAGCAAAAAUGCUGGAUAUAUCCUCAGGGCUGUAGACCACCGUGGCACCACCAUACUAGACUGUUUAAUUGAGUGUGAGCAGAAAGAUGUGGUCGCCCACCCGGCUGUCCAAAAAUACUUAACUGAGGUCUGGUACGGGAACCUGGACUGGACUGCCUGGAAGCUGGUCCUUCUCUUCUUUACCUUUUUAGCAUGUCCACCAGUUUGGUUUGUGUUCUCUCUACCUCUCAAGCAUAGGUUUAACAAAAUCCCGAUCAUGAAGUUUAUGAGUUACUUGGCAUCACACAUAUUUCUGCUGGUGCUCUUUAUCCUCACCAUUGUCUACCCUCCAUUGAGUCCAAUUUAUGAAGGACGCAUGGUCCCAUCUUGGAAUGAGUGGUUGCUCCUUGCAUGGUUGUCAGGAACAUUGGUUUCAGAGCUUACCCACCAAGGAGAGAGGGCAGGCCUUGCCUGGAUACGUGUAUUUGUCUUGGGAUUUUCUGCCAUUGCCUUCUUUUGCCAUCUUCUUGCAUUCUUGUUUACAGAAAUAGAUCGACUUCACUGCCUAUUUGCCAGGAAUAUCUUUCUUGGCAUUGCCAUGACUCUCUCAUUUGUCCAGUUCUUGGAGUUCCUCACGUUUCACCACCUCUUUGGACCAUGGGCAGUCAUCAUCCGAGAUUUGAUCAAGGACCUCACCAGGUUCGCAGUCAUUCUCGCCUUGUUUCACGUGGCUUUUACAAUGCAACUAUCUGCUGUCUAUCAACCAGUAUAUCCAGAACCCAUAGCCAAUCAGUCAAUGAAUGGAACUGGGGCCACCAAAAAUGAGACAAAUAUUCAGGAUCCCAUAGACAUCACUGUCCUCUUGUUCUUUUCACUGUUUGGCCUGGUGGAACCGGAUUGCCUUCCAUCAUUGAGCCGGACCCCGCAGUUCACCUUUGUCAUCAUCCGUUUUGUGUUUGGGGUUUACUUGGUCGUCACUUUGAUCGUGCUGAUCAAUCUAUUGAUCGCAAUGAUGAGUGAUACUUACCAACGCAUACAAGCACAGUCGGACACGGAAUGGAAGUUUGGAAGAGCCACUUUAAUACGAGACAUGACAAGGAAACCUGGGACCCCUUCUCCAUUUAACCUCUUCACCAACCUGUUUUACUACAUCAAACUGCUAUGCAAGUAUAAAGGGAAGAUGUGUUCCUCCAACGCCAGAACCCUCAUGAAUGAGGAGGAUACAGACGGCUUUUCCGACACUCGUUCCAUUGAUUUACUUGCCCACUCCUCAUUUGGGUGGAUACGAACCACUGCCAAGAGAACCAUGCAGGUGUCACCAGAAGGUGGGAUACACAGAAACCAUCCAUUUGCCGGCCCCAUACAGGUAGACGAGAUUAUAGACUGGCACGCUGUUGCAGUGCGGUUCAUGUCUCUGAAGGGACAGACAGAUGGGAUGAUGAGUCCUGAGAGACCCACCAUUCCUCAUAAUAUGGAGACCAAUAAGAAGCCACAGACUGACCAGUCGAUGAGGACAUCACAACAGAAUGGACACGUUCCAUCAUGUAGCUAAUAAUCUUUAGUUCUUCUAUUAUAUCCAACGUGCGAUGGACCUCCUGGAGACCCAAUACUGGAUCCAUAAGGCACCAACCAUCCAGAGGCCAAGCAGGGACUAUGAAGACAGUUGCCAUCACCAUAGAAGUAUAGAAUAUAACCAUAGAUGUUCCUAUGAUCCUUUUACAUUAAGAGUACUCUAGAGAUCUUGUACCAAGAGUCCUAACCGAGAGCGGACUGUUUGGUCGGCAGAUUUCGGACCCAACUCCAACGCUAAUGUGCAAUGUACUUGAAUAGAGAGGAGGAAACAUGAGUGAGUGCCAGACAUAUGGCACCUUAGAUCUAUGGGGGUACUGUAGUAUCAAAAAAGUAGACAGUCUAAGUGUCUGGACAGAUGUCAGAUGUUGAAAGGGGGAGACGAACAAUGAUAGGGGUAUACAGCUGAAUAGGAGGCACCAGCCGUUUCACACGUCUUAGUGCUUCAUUGGACCUAUGGGGGUACUGUAGUGUUGAAAAAGUUAAAUCUAAGUGUCUAGUCCAGUGGUUCCCAACCAUUUUCGUCUCAAGGAACCCCUCAGAAAAAAACAUUUCCACGGGGUACCCCUACCGAAUUUGACGAGUAAAAAAAAAGGGGAGGGGGGGGGGGGUAUACAGCCGUAAUGCACAACAUCAAUUUAUCUGUUGGCUAUGUAGAUUACAGUUCUGUUUUAUACAGCAACUCACAAGUGACGUCUUCUAAAAUCAGCGUUGUUCCCUUCUCUUCUCUGGGUCAUCCUAGCGAUUUCUUCCAGCCACAAUUCUUCCCCGUUAAGCCUGCAAAACACACCUAUUAGGCUCUGCACUUUUCCUGCAUCAGCCUCCAGAUUUCCCUUUUAGAAGAGGAAUACAGGGGCGUAUAGGUGUAAAGGGGUAACAGAGGGGUGUAGAGGAGUGUACAUGAGUGACAGAGAGGUGUAGAAGAGUGUACAGAGGGGUGUAGAGAAGUGUACAUGGGUGACAGAGGGAUGUAGCAUAGUGUACAUGGGUGACAGAGGGGUGUAGAAUAGUGUACAUGGGUGACAGAGAGGUGUACAUGGGUGUAGAAGAGUGUACAUGGGUGACAGGGAGGCGUAGGGAGUGACAGAGGGGUGUACAUGGUGUAACAGGGGUGUUGGGGGUGUAGAGGAGUGCACAUGGGUGACAGAGGAGUGUUCAGGGGUGUACAUGGGUGACAGAUAGGUGUAGAAGAGUGCACGGGUGAUAGGGGGUGACAGGGGGGUACAUGGGUGUAGAAGAGUUGACAUGGGUGACAGGGAGGCGUAGGGGUGACAGAGGGGUGUAUAUGGGUAACAGGGGUGUUCGAGUGUAGAGGAGUGUACAUGGGUGGCAGAGGGGUGUUGAGGGGUGUACAUGGGUGACAGAG